AUGAUGCUACACUAUCUUCCCAUACUUCCACCUUGCACGUUUUUUUCCCUUCUCGUGAAUUCUAUUUUCACUGAAGCCUCUAGCCCAGUGCUAAUGUUUGCAGAGCUAGUGGUGACCUUAAGUCACAUGACGGUUCUUCAUGCCUCUGGUGCUUCUCCUAGCUUCACAGCUAAGCCUGGGAAUUCCUUCCUUCCAGUGGAUCUCGGAUUAAGGACCGAACAACUUUCAAAUGUCCCCAAGCUGUGUCUAUUGUAUAGGUCUAUGGAGGCGUUCCAAAUGCCACAAUUUGCCCCCAUUACUCCCCACUUCAAAGUCGGAAUGAAAUCUUCCGAAGACGAGAAGAGUACUUGCGAACCAACUAUUCCUGUUUGCAGAAUCAACCACAAUAUCAGGAAUACAUGUUUACCAUACGAGAGGUACCGGCCGAACUACAAAUUCAAGGCGAUCCGGCUUUGGAAGACUCUCUUGUCAUUGGAUAAGGAAGAACUCACGAAACGCUUUUACAUCGGCCCUUGGCAGAGAAAGCAAACUACCAUUUACCCGUUCUUAACUGGCCUUCGUACGACCAUUGAUUGGAGGGCAGAAGGCCCUAAGAAUCCCUAUAUUGUUUCCAUCUCGUCGAUCGCGGCCGUUGGAAAUUGGAUCAAUAUUCAUUCUAGUCAGCCUGUUAAAUGUGUGGUCGAGGGAAUAUUUAGUAGCGCCAAUGAAGCUUCUGGUGUUCUAGUCAGUGUCCUCUAUGUUGGUCAGAUUGAUGGAAAACUUGGCGCCGGCAAUGCGCUUGCGGACUUGAUUGGUGAUGCUACAAGAGCCAAAACUGUGACCUUCCUUCUAACCAACAGAUUCAAUCUGAGCGUCGAGGUUGUAAGUCUUCUCGGACGGUUCGAUAGGCUUAUUAACACGGCGGAAAGGGAAGGAGAGAACGAGGAGAAAUUAUCUGAAAGUACCUUCUCCAAUUGCUUAAGGUCCUUAGGGGAAGGGCAAGAAAGGCUGAGACGACCUCCUGGCAGAGCGGCUUACAGGGCUUCCAACGGGCCGUACUACGGUUCGUACAAAGUGAACCGUAACGGUCACGUGUUCAGUACGAACGUACCAAGUUCUUACGAUACGUACACCUACCUCUCCUCCUCCCUGUCGCCUCAAAAUCGCCCAAUUGUACAGUACUACGCCUCGUUGGAAGCCCUGGCGGCUUAUGCCGUGGUUAUUUUGAAUGUCGGGAGCUGUCAGACGACAUCUGCCUACACCAGCGGUGGGUUGCAAAUCAAGAACUUACCUUUUUCCUUUGCAUUUUGCACGCAGACUGGUCCUAUGAAAGGAGCACCGUACACUUACAAUUUGCUCCUACUCAAGAACGAUGCUGCCACCGCGGUGACCUACCUGCUCCUCAAUAGCUCCACCACAUCCAAUCCAAUGCAUUGGAUACCCUUGGCAUCGCCCGCUGACUCCAAUAUCAAGGCGGCAGUGGCGAUUUUUCAUAAGUAUAUGCCGAAAUUCAGAGGCCCUCUAGAGCAGAUAUCACAGGAUCCGAUCAGUCAUAAUCUUCUCCAAGUAGGGUACCGAUGUCAAGCCCACAUCCAGGCAUCAUAUAGGAGUCAAGUUGGUACCCUCGAAAAAGUAAAUUCGAGGAUUAGAAUCGGAAGCGACCACAUACUCUUCCUACUAGACACGCCGCCCGUACUUGUUCUAUCGCUAUUGGAAAUUUCCUGCCUGUGCCUCUUACAUGGCACUGAGAUUCUGUACCUGAGCUGCCCUCAAACCCAAAAAUAUCAACACGGCACAGUACCCCAACGUGUCUUAUCCACCAAUGUAAGAGAAUAUCGGUUGAGCAAGCGCGACCCUACGCGCGCACUGGCUGUUCACGUCAAUGGGAAGCGGUUUUGGAUUGGUUGCAAUAAUAGCGAGGAUGAAUCAAGAGAGCUAGGCUUGGUUGGAGGAGUAGCCCUCUCGAGGGACGUAAAGCAACCCUUGAGGUUGCAAAUUACCCCAGAGGUGGUGGGUGAGUCGGCCGCAAGGGUCGAAUACUCUUCAUCGACAAGUCCAAGAAAGAGAGAGGGUUACGCUCUUAAGGCAGAAGAUACACAAGUGACCAAGACAUGCUUUUUACUCCCUCUUGGUAUGCGAUCGGAGCAUGACGUAUUUUCGGCGAACAGGGUGCUUUUGACCACUUAUAUCAGCACACGGCAAAUCCUCUCGGGAGGGGCUUCAUAUAUUCCCUAUGGGGUAAUGGGCUGCGGGGUAAUCAGGGGUGUUGAUAGAUCUCUGAGCAUUGCUCCAACUAAUCUGCUUGAAACGAUCACGGUUUUCAUAGGUGGCGUUGGCAACCUCUCUCUCGGCACUUUUUUCUUCCCGAAUCUAGUGAGCAUUUAUACAGGUCAUUCUGUCGCACGUGUCUCACGCGAUAUCAUACCCAUGUACUGCACUAUUCACUCAUUAGGCAUAGCUCCUAUCUCACCUUACAAUACACUCAUUCCACCUUGUUUGGAUCUCGAUCCCUUGUCGAGUCGUUUGCCAUAUGUCCCCUCCUCAGCUCAUGCAAGAGUUAUGAGCCCGGAGUCGCGCUCCUGACUAGUCCUCUAGUCACCACUGCACAGUUAGCUUUUGCAUCUAGCUUCAGGGCCCCGCGAACCUCGA